AUGCCCUCAUUAUCGUCGAUUAGCGUUAAUACCUCCCAGCUGCCGAAUCAGAGAGAGCGAGAGCGAGUGGUGCUGUCAUCCCGCCGCGCCGUUGCCGCCGCCGCCGCCAGCCCAGGUGCCCAGCCAGCCACGGGCCUGCUGCUGCUGCUGCUGCCGCCCCUCGAAACCCAGCCCAUCCCUAAAUUUGUGGCCUGGGCUUUUGGUUUCCCGAAUCGCUUCAUCGCAACCCCGUCCGGCCGGGCUGGACUCAUCAAGGCUCGCGACGAAGCCGGCAGCAUGGAGAAACUGCCAUCCCCUCUCUCUCUCCCCUUACCCUGGUCUGGCUUGUCCUCGCCUGUCCUCCGCCGUCAUGGGCGAGCUGUUCGCGCGCCGCUGACGGCUGCCUACCACGAAUUGCGCCUCACUCCCCCCUGGAUUCGCCUUUCCGCACAUUCCGUCCUCGACGACAUAUUACACAAUGUCAUCUCCGACAUCCUCACCAAGGUCCAUCGCGAGGAGAAGCAGGCCAAGGCCACAUCCGCCGCCAUCCGUGUCGAGAAGAUGGCCUCGGACGCCUCCGAGAGCUCGACCCCCGAUUCGAAACCCGACGGCCGCGUCGAGACCGACGCCGCAAUCUACGAGGACGGCCGGGUCACCCUCAAAGGCAACCCGCUCCAGACCACGCCCGACAUCCUCUGCCCCAAGUGCCAUCUUCCGCGUCUGCUCGCGCCCACUGACGGCAAAGGCGCCGUCAAACCCGAUCCCACCAUCAUCUACUGCAAGCGCCACCCCUACAUUGACAAGCCCGGUUGUGACAUUUACGGCCAGUCCUGGGUCGCCCCAGGGCCCGGUCGCGGCAAGAAGAAGAAGGACAUGGAGAAGCCCGACCCGGCUGAUAAGCCCGCCAACGUGCUGUCCUUUCCUUCGGCCACCUGCAGCAAGUGCAAGCGCUGCAUCCUCGUCACCCGUCUCAACAACCACAUGGGCUCCUGCAUCGGCAACAGCGGUCGCAACGCUAGCCGUGCCGCCGCGCAAAAGAUGAAUGGUAACGGCUCCCAACACGACAGCACACCACCCUCGUCACAAAAGGCGACGCCGGGGCCGGGAUCGCGCGCCUCGAGCCCUAGGAAACGCGACGUCGCAAUCAGCGAAGACGACGAUGACGACGACGAUGAUUCCGACGCGAGCCCCAAGAAGAAGAAGGUCAAGUCGGUGACCGCCGCGGCAGCUGGCGUUACCAAAAAGGUCAUACUCAAGACGAAACCCAACAUGAAGCCGGAUAAAGCUCGCGUCUCCUCGCAUCUUAAACAGGAGCACAAGUUCGAUGAAAGCGACUCGGCGCACGACAAGACCCCGACAAAGGCGCUGAAUAAACACACGAGUCCUCUAAAAAAGGUCAAAGUCCAGAAACCCACGAGCUCCCCGCUGUCCCGCAACGGCAGGGACAUUGACAUGAGGUCAGAGUCCUCGGAUGCAAUGUCCUCGCCGCCUGGCCGAUAA